AUGUUAAAUUUUAAGAAUAUUUACAGAUUAUUUAUUCAAGCUAAACCUACACCAAACCCAAACUUUUUGAAAUUUAUUCCAGAUGGUAAAUAAGUAAUGCUCAACGGAACAUAUGAUUUUUCAAGGCCAAGAGAAGCCAAGUGUUCACCUUUGGCUUAAAAACUAUUUAUGAUUGAUGGAGUCAAUAGAGUAUUUUAUGGAAAAGACUAUAUUUCUAUUUCCAAAAACGAAGAAAGCAAAUGGGAGGAACUAAAGCCAUAAAUAUUUGAGCAGAUAAUGGAACAUUAUUAAUUAGAUGCAGAAGGUAAAGAAAAAUAAUUGAUCAUUGAUGGUUACUCAGAAAAUCAAGACACCUAAAUCAAAGAAGAGGAUUCAGAAGCUAUUCAAUUAAUUAAAGAAAUUAUUGAUACUAGGAUCAGACCUACAGUUUAAGAAGAUGGAGGGGACAUAGUAUUUAGAGAUUUCGAUGAAUAAAACGGAAUUGUUCAUUUAUACAUGAAAGGUUCAUGUGCAGGUUGUCCUUCAUCUUCAAUCACUUUGAAAAAUGGAAUUGAAAGAAUGUUGUGUCAUUAUGUUGCAGAAGUAAAAGAAGUUGUUGCUGAAGACUAUGUUGGUUCUGAUUGA